AUGCUUAGUGUACUUGGUGAUGUAUCAGAGAGUACAAAGGGUAUCAGUACUGGGACCACACUUUUCGCAUGUGAAUAUGAUGGAGGAGUCGUUAUUGGAGCUGAUUCUAGGACAUCAUCUGGAACGUAUGUUGUAAACCGUGUAACAGACAAGCUGACACAAUUGACAAAAUCUAUAUACUGCUGUCGAUCUGGGUCUGCUGCUGACACACAAACAGUAGCGGAUAUGGUCCGCUACCAGCUAGAUUUCCAUCGCCUAGAAAUGAAUAGAGAACCAACUGUUUUGGAAGCAGCUGUUUCUUGCAAACAUUUUUGCUACAACUACAGAGAUGACUUGGUUGCAGGCAUCAUAGUUGCUGGAUGGGAUGAAGAAUUAGGUGGUCAGAUAUACUCCAUUCCUCUCGGUGGAAUGCUCAUAAGACAACCAAUCGUUAUUGGUGGUUCUGGUAGCACAUAUACUUAUGGGUACGUGGACCACGGUUUUCGCAAGGGAAUGACAAGAGAAGAGUGUGUCAGUUUUGUUUUAAAAGGUGUUGCUCUUGCCAUUAACAGAGACGGUUCUAGCGGUGGUUGUGUACGCCUGGCUAUUAUUUCCAAAGGCGGUGUGGAAAGAAUACUAACAAAAGGUGAUGAAGUUCCAGUGUAUCGGUUUUCCUGA